UGCGUUUCACAGAAGCCAAAGCUGACAAUGAGCAGCCAUCCGUCUCUCGAUUCCCUCCUCCCCCUUCAAACCCUAGAACUAGACACCGGUCUCUCCCUCGUCCCUCGUUUCAACCUCAACCUCACCGUCUUCCGCUCCGACGCCUCUGUCAAACCACUCGACGAAUGGCAACUCAAGCGCUCCUUAAUCGAUUUCCUCAAAGCUACUUUCUCCCUCAUUGUUCCCGAAGACGACCUCCACGUUCGUAAGUUUAAAGACAUCAAGAAACGAAAGCGUGAGGACCCUGUUGCUCGCGGUAAGCUUUUCGUUCGUGAAUUAAGCUUUUUAUCCAACUCUUCGUCGAGUAAAAUCGGUCGUGAAGAACAGGAAAAGAAGGUUGUUGAGUGGAAGAAAAUGGUUGUUGCUAAGAUGGAUGGGAUUGAGUUGAGUCUUGUUGGGGUUAGGUUUAAGUUGAGUGUUGAGAUUCCGCAGUCGGAUGAUUUUGAAGCGAUGAGGAAAGACUGGGAGGACAUUUCUGCAUUUGGUGGCGGAGAUAGAGGCUAUUCAAGGGGUAGAAAACGGGAACCUGACACAAUUGUGCUAAGAGGUGUUCCAUCACGUUGGUUUGCUGAGACAAGAGUUUCUUCCAAGCCUUCAAUGUUGGUCACUCAUACAAUUUUUUCUGCAUUAGGAAAGAUAAGGAAUCUUGAUGUCUCUGAAGAUGAUGGUAGGGGGAAAGAUGCAGAUGAAGAAGAUGAAGACAUAGUUCCUGGCCUUCAAUGUAAGAUUGCGGUUCGAUUUGAGGACCAUAGGGAGUUUUCUAAGGCGUUGAAGGUGUUGUGUGGGAGGUCAUUACAAAAGCAAGGUUCACGUUUAAAGGCUGAUUAUGAGGUGACUUGGGACAAGGAUGACCUAUUUAGAAAUGCUAGAAGUCAAACUGAAGAAAAUAGUAGAUUGAUGCCGAAAGUUGCAGCUGGUAAUUAUAAAAGUGAAGCUGCUAGAUAUCAGUCACAUGUACCCCGUUUUUCGGAGAACAACGCACGCUCAAAGAGAUUCAAGGAGUGAUUAAAUUAUGCAAAGAAGGUUGAAAAUGCAUAAUGAAGUUGAAUGACUGACUGAUUUCGAAUAUUCAUAUGGGAUGUGUGAUCAGUGACGCAAUGAAGUUUGUUCUCGGUAGCUUUGAGCAAAUGCAUUCGGACAUUCUUUUCCGUAACAGGACUUGAUUAAGGACAUGUUUUUCUUGAAGGUAGAUGAUUACUUGCACUGGCGGAUAUGUUUUAUAAAGWUUUAGCAAAUUGACACAUACCUUAACAUGGUAAGUGAUGCAGAGUUGCUGGUGGUUCUUGGUGUUUUGUUGUUUCUAAAGAAGCAUGUUACUUGUAAUAUGAUUUGUAAAUUAUAUGCCCAUUUAAUUUUCAGCUCAACUCUACUUUUGAAUAA